AUUCAUGCAAGCGCUAAGCACGAAACAAAGGUGACAACUGCCCGGCACUGGUAACUUGAGUAACGCCACUGGUAACGCCACUGGUAACUCGAGUUACCAGUGGCGUUCCAGGGACGCUGUACCUGUUUGAAGUGUGUGAUUUGAGACCCCUGCAUUGCCUACGCCUGAAAAGCUGCUGUGAAAUAGGACAACUGUGAACUGGCACGGAUCGGGACGUGUACAGUCGGAGAGGAACAAGACGAACCAGACAAGGUACAGACAUACGGGAGCCAUGAAGAAAUUUUUGGGUUAUUUUGAGCUCAGGACUGGCAACAUCUUCAUCGGUAUGAUCUCGGUGGUACAAAGUAUUUUCAUUAUCCUGGCAGGGUCCGCAUCGUAUGCCCACUCUUCCGCGUUUUCAGAUUUCCACUUGACGUGGAUUUGCAUGGCAGCGCUGUUGCUCAUCGCUUCGUUAUUGUUUGUCAAAGGAGUUGGUGACAAAAUAUCCGCACUGAUGAUUCCAUGGAUUUUAGCCAUGGUGCCCUUCACACUGUGGCUCGUCGGAGCGGCGGUCUGGGCAGCCGUAAACAGCAAGAUGAUGGACCCUGUUACCGCAACGUUGAUGUUUGCCUUUGCAAUUGUGGAAGCGUAUUUCCUAUCCUGCGCAGUCUUCUACCAUAGAAAACUGGUCCGGGAGAAUUGAGAAAGAAAGCUGCGCAAUGAGAAGAGGCUGGAGUGCCGUUUUGGAGAAUCACGAUGCCUAUGAUAACCGCAAGCUUAAUCUCUUCCCCUCGUAUAUCCUCCAACUUACUUUCUCAUUUUCAGGUGUCUUAGAAUCCAGCUUCGGUGGUUUAUUAUUUAUUGCGAUGGCAUGUUCUAGAUGUGCAAAUAAAAGAAGUACUCUCUCUCUUUAUGUAUAUAUUGUA